AUGAUUGUCGGGCCGGCUGAGCGGCCCGCCUGGAUAAUCCGGGCUAAUCUGUGGCGUCUUAAUCUGCCCGUCACCGCCCUGUUCCUGCUCCUCCUGCCGGCGUUCGACUUUUGCGAGGCGUCCGGUUACUUCGAAAUCCAGGUUAGCGAAUUUAACAACAGCCGCGCCCGGCUGGCCGAUGGCACCUGCUGUCGUCACGAGGAAGGGCGCUCCCGGUGCUCGCUAAACUGCCGGACCUACUUUCGCGUUUGUCUCAAGGAGUACCAGUCGGAGAUCAACACGAACGGUCCCUGCACGUUCGGGAACGUCUCCAGCGACGUCUUAGGCGGAAAUUACUUUGUUUACUCGUCGGAUACUUCCAAGGCUAGGCUUACUUUACGGUUCGAAUUUGCUUGGACGGUAAGAUAUUUUUUUUUUUUGUCUCUCUUUUUGUUCAGUUCAGCGCUUCAAAAAUUCUAUUUCCUUCAUUUUAUCGCAUUUUUUUCCUCUUUGUUCAUUUCAGCGCUCCAAACAUUCUAUUUCCUUUAUUUUAUCCCCUCUUUUCCUCUUUGUUCAUUUCAGCGCUUCAAUUAUUCUAUUUCCUUCAUUUUAUGCCCUAUUUUCCUCUUUGUUCAUUUCAGCGCUUCCUUCAUUUUAUCCCAUUUUUUCCUCUUUGUUCAUUUCAGCGCUCCAAACAUUCUAUUUCCUUCAUUUUAUGCCAUUUUCCCUCUUUGUUCACUUCAGCGCUCCAAACCUUCUAUUUCCUUUAUUUUAUCCCCUCUUUUCCUCUUUGUUCACUUCAGCGCUCCAAACAUUCUAUUUCCUUCAUUUUAUCCCGUUUUCCUCUGUGUUCACUUCAGCGCUCCAAACAUUGUAUUUCCUUUAUUUUAUCCCCUCUUUUCCUCUUUGUUCAUUUCAGCGCUCCAAACAUUCUAUUUCCUUUAUUUAUUUUAUCCCCUCUUUUCCUCUUUGUUCACUUCAGCGCUCCAAACAUUCUAUUUCCUUCAUUCUAUCCCGUUUUCCUCUUUGUUUACUUCAGCGCUCCAAACACUGUAUUUUUUUUUAUUUUAUCCCCUCUUUUCCUCUUUGUUCACUUCAGCGCUUCAAAUAUUCUAUUUCCUUUAUUUUAUCCCGUUUUCCUCUUUGUUUACUUCAGCGCUCCAAACACUGUAUUUUUUUAAUUUUAUCCCCUCUUUUCCUCUUUGUUCAUUUCAGCGCUCCAAACAUUCUAUUUCCUUUAUUUUAUCCCCUCUUUUCCUCUUUGUUCAUUUCAGCGCUCCAAACAUUCUAUUUCCUUUAUUUUAUCCCCUCUUUGUUCACUUCAGCGCUUCAAACAUUCUAUUUCCUUUAUUUUAUCCCCUGUUUUUUUUUUCUCUUUGUUCACUUCAGCGCUUCAAACAUUCUAUUUCCUUCAUUUUAACCCCUUUUUUUUCCCCCACUCUGUUCAUUUCAGCGCUCCAAACAUCCUCUUUCCUUUAUCUCAUCCCUAUUUUUUAA